UUAUUGUUUUUUUUAGCAAUAAAAAGUAACUAAAGUUUAAUCGAAUAAAUAGAAAAAAAUUUUAUUAAGUAUUUGGUGAAAUUAAUUUAAAAUGUAUGAAGUCAUACUUUUUAAUUCUAAAAAAAUGAGUAGAUCAUGGUUAUUUUCUAGUUUAAAAUAUAACUCCAAUAUUUGUUUUGUACCAAAAUAUGAACCACCAAAACCAAAUGAUUUAAUUCAACUUGAAAAUUUCAUAAAAAGUGAAGGAAAAUUAUGUGUUUUAACUGGCGCUGGCGUUUCAACGGAAAGUGGUAUUCCCGAUUACAGGUCAGAAGGAGUAGGAUUAUAUGCUACGAGUAACAGGAGGCCUGUUUUAUAUCAAGAUUUUAGAAAUCAUGAUCAUAUUAGAAAAAGAUAUUGGGCUAGAAAUUACAUUGGUUGGCCAAGAUUUUCAAAAUUCAAACCAAAUUUCACUCAUCAUAUUCUCAAAUACUUAGAAGAUAUAAACCUUGUAUCAUGUGUUAUAACUCAAAAUGUUGAUGGAUUACAUUCAAAAGCAGGCAGUCUUAAUGUAAUAGAAUUACAUGGAACUGGUUACACAGUUAUGUGUUUAAAUUGUGAUAAUAAAAUUUAUAGACAUGAUUUUCAAAAGAUUUUAGAUAAAUUAAACCCAACUAUUAAUGCCGUUAGUAAAGAAAUACGACCUGAUGGUGAUGUAGAACUUUCAGAAGAACAUAUCCGAGGAUUUAUUUUACCACCGUGUAAUAAUUGUGGUGGGAUAUUGAAACCUGAUAUUGUAUUUUUUGGAGACAAUGUACCAAGACAUACUGUUGAAAAAGUUCAAAGUGCUGUCGAUAAAGCUGAUGCAUUAUUAGUACUUGGAACAUCUCUAACUACAUUCUCAGGCUACAGAAUUAUUUUACAAGCAGAAGAAGCUAAAAAAUCAAUUGCAAUUGUCAAUAUUGGUGACACUAGAGCUGAUAAAUAUGCUAAUAUUAAAUUGAAUACUAGAUGUGGUGAAGUAUUCAAACAAUUAUUUCCCACUUUGAAAUUUCAUAAUUAAAUUAAUACAUAACUUAGUAAGUUAUUUAUUUAUUUUAUUUAAUUUAAACUGAUCAGCAUUGUACAUGAAAAAAUCAAUCAUAUUAAUUAGAAAAAAAAAAAAAAAGAUAAAUUAUUAAACAUUUAGUCAUAAAAAGAUAUUGCGCCGUAUUGCUCAUAUGAAUAUUAUCAGUAAAAUUAACUAGUAUAUACAAUCGCUGAAAACGAUGAGAGGGAUCCACUUGCCUGCGACUAAUUAAGCUACUAAUCUUAAAUUGGUGGUGUGUGUCACUGAUGCUGUUUGCAUUCUCUGACUACAUAAAGUAGCGUAAGCAUUAUAUGUAAAUAAAUGAUGUGUAUAUUAAAAUUAUUAUUUAUUGCAAUUUGUAAAUAAUUAUAUAUAGAUAAUCCAAAUACUAAAAUAUACAAAUCCAUAAAAAAAUUAUUCGAGUGAAUUAAUAUUACGGUUUCAUAACUUUAGUACAAAUUAAUAUAUAAUAAUAUAUUGCGUAGCGAAGGAUGAAACAGGAUAAUUUUAAACGAGGGUUAAGUUGACUCCCCAACUCGAAGAUGAGAACCAAUAGUACCUGAAGUCUGAAAUUGUUUUAUUCCGUGCUAUACACUAUAAUCUUCAUGAUUACCUGUAUUGAUUUUAGGGAGUUCUAAUAUCUAGAGCCAGAAAAAUAUUACUUUUUGGCCAAUAGCGCGGUAAGUACCCUAGUAGCUAUCUUAGUCAAGAUCUCGAAAUCACACACUGAGAAAAAUUUUCUCUUCGGACAAUUAAAUUGCUUUUGUUAAAUUCUGUUAAACUAAUAUUUAAUUGGGACAACUCAAUUUUAUUACGUCAACAAAAUCUAUUUUGUCAUUUUUAACAAAUGAUUUAAUAGCUUCUAUUUGGUUGACGUUAAUAUUUCUCUUGCUACGAUAAUAAAAUCAUUUGGUAAAGUUAAGAAAAUAUUUAUUUGAUAGACAACUAAAUUAUUUUGUAGUGCCAA